AUGACGAUUAACACCACUCAAGGGCCCAGCGGGUCUGUGGUCAUUAUCGGCGCUGGAACCCAAGGACGACGACUCGCAUUCAUGUGGUCCGGAAGAGGCGGCUCUGUUUGUCUCGUCGAUCUUCAGAAGCAACAAUUGCAAGAUGGUCUGAGCUAUGUCAACCAGCUUCGCAACGCAGCAGUCGAUCAUGACAAAAAUUGGGGAGAGGUUACAGUUGCCCAUCCAGACUCUUUGGAAUCAGCUCUUCGAGAUGCAUGGUUGGUUGUAGAGUGCGUGCCGGAGAACUGGGCAUUGAAGCAGAAGGUCAUCACUCAGCUUGAUGAUCUGGCUCCUGCACAUACCAUCAUUGCUUCCAACUCAAGCAGCUAUGGAAUUUCCGAGAUUAUCGAGGGCCUAAAUCUGAAGCACAAAAACAGGAUAUUGAGUGCACACUGCUACUGGCCUCCAGAGACAUCAGCAAUCGAAAUCAUGGGACAUCAAGAUACUGAUCCCGCCGCUAUUUCCCUUUUGUUGGAUCAAUGCAGAGCCCAUGGCUUCUCACCCUUCCACGUUAAGAAAGACUCCAUUGGCUACAUUUACAACAGGAUUUGGGCCGCUAUCAAGCGCGAAACACUACUAGCACUCUCCGAGGGUGUUUGCACACCUCGAGAGAUUGACGCAAUUUUCAGGGAUGUUCUCAAGACACCCAAAGGGCCAUGUGAACAGAUGGAUGUGGUCGGCCUCGACGUGGUGUUGGACAUUGAAAACCACUAUGCAGACUCCCGAGCCGGUAUUCCUGUCGAGCCGAGAGAGUACCUUCAGAAUAUGAUUCAGAGCGGGCGCCUGGGUGUUAAGAACGGGGAAGGGUUCUAUAACUACGGUAAAGAGACGACCGAUAACAGCAAUGUGAUGAGCACGCCGAAUUUGUAG